ACCAAAACACGCCUUUGGCAUUUAUCAAAUCAUAUCAUCAUCAUCGUCAUCACCAAACACUGUUGCUUUCUCGCACUAGAAAACACAGAUGAAAUGAAAGUUUAGAGAGAGAGAAAAUAAUAUAAAAAUCAAUAUUGUAGAUUUCAAGGCGGAAGGGUGCGGCACAUUUCCCGGUUCUUCUAGAUAAAACAUGAGUUCGCUAGAUGUUGCCAGAGCUGAGCUCGCCCUUGCCGUUUUAUAUCUGAGCAAAGGUGAAGCAAGGGAUAAGAUAUGCAGGGCAAUACAAUACGGUUCAAAAUUCGUGAGUAAUGGAGAGCCAGGCACAGCACAAAACGUUGACAAAACGACCAGCUUGGCUCGAAAAGUAUUUCGUUUGUUCAAGUUUAUCAACGAUCUGCAUGCUCUCGUUAGCCCAAAUGCUCCAGGAACUCCACUUCCUCUAAUUUUGCUCGGGAAGUCCAAAAAUGCCCUAUUGUCAACUUUCUUGUUUCUGGAUCAAAUUGUGUGGCUGGGUAGGACCGGCAUAUACAAGAACAAGGAACGUACAGAACUGCUUGGAAGGAUCUCUCUUUUCUGUUGGUUGGGUUCUUCUGUCUGUACCACACUCGUUGAGAUUGGGGAAAUUGGAAGGCUUUCAGCAUCAACGAAGAAGUUAGAGAAGGCACUUAAGAAUACCGACAAGUACAAGAACGAAGAAUAUCAGAGUAAAGUGAAGAAAUCAAACGAGAGAACUAUAGCCCUCGUUAAAGCAGGGUUGGAUUUGGUAGUUGCUGUGGGUUUGCUUCAAUUAGCACCCAAGAAAAUCACUCCUCGUGUAACGGGUGCAUUUGGAUUUACGAGCUCUCUCAUCUCUUGCUAUCAGUUGCUUCCGUCUCCACCGAAGACUAAGACAACCUGAAGUUGAGGUUAAACGAAAGCCUCGAAUGUAAUGCAACAAUGAUUUACACUAGGGCGAAGCUGUAUGAAUGAAUGAAUGAAUUUGAGCAAAAUUUACUGAAGUGUUUGUUCAUUUUGCUGCACAAUAGUAAUAGCAAUAAUAAUGUAUACAGCAUCCUUUUUUAUGUUUCUGUUGGAACCAAAUAAUAAAUUUAUGUUUUGCUGCC